AUGAGCCAAAACCACUCGCGCAUGAUCGACUACAAGGAGCAACAUCUUACCAAGCGCAAUGAGAGUCUGAAGAAAGUGAGGCGCGAGAACGCCGCCAUCGGAAAUCAGCUCGUUGACUACGGUGUAUAUCGUGACGCUACACAAGAGAGCGACAGCUCCCCCGAACCGGGCGAGUCUUUCAUCGAUGAACCAUAUUCCCGCCCACCCCAGAAUGAAGGCUUAUGCAGCGGUGUCACCAACGAAAUCCCUGCUCCAGGUCUGAUUCCUACUUCCCUUCCCGCUUCGGCUAUUGUCUACCCCGAGUCCGACCUCGACCUCUGGUAG